AACGAUAGAAACGUCAAGUGAAACGCUUCGAACCUCAAAGCAACACCAAAUUAAGAUUUAACAAUUUAAAAUCCUAACGACUCGUUUUAAAUUUAUGUUAAAUCAUAACAUCUUCACAAGAUCUUUCGGUUUUAGCUUUCAAGCGGAACUAAAAGCUAGUCGUGCAGUGACGGGGGACGGAUUUCAAGAACGUACUUGUCAGUUCCAUAUUUAAAACAGAUUUUUUUGAAGUUAGAAUAAUUUAUUUGUUUCAUUUAUGCAGGAAUCAUCGUUACUUUUGACUUAAGAAUAUGUGGAGGAAAAUUUAUCUCGAAACUAAAAGGAUAAGAUCGAUAUCGCUGUCGUUAAACCGCCAAACUGUUCCAGAUGGUUUUUUACAGGAGGUUAAACGAGAAGAGUCUUUGGAAAGCAAGGCAAGAAGAAUAAUAAAAAAACAGAGACCCUUUUGUUCUGCAGUCCUUGAUCACUUUGAUCAUCAGUACAAUGAGGAACUUGGAGACUUGUGGCCAUCUGCAAGAGUAGCACUCCUGGAUCGUCAGUCCUGGCAGUAUGGAGUCAUGUUAAACCGCUUCAGCACUGUGACAGAUAAAACCCAGGUUCUUCAGGCCUUGGGCUUUUCAUCAUUGCCACAACAAACYCAUGUCUCAGCAUUGCUUUGUGAUGGUGCCUCCGCUGUGUCUAAUUCUAAACUUGAAGAAAGACAAGACACUUUGUUGUCACCUCCCUACGUUUCAAAGUGCCCUCCCGAGGACUUCAGCCUCCAAACUGACACCUCCUCUCAGGACCCUCUGUCAGAGUUUGCUCUCAGUUUGCCCCAUUCUUCAUUAAAAUGUUACAUCCACCCACAUACGCUGCGGUUUCCCUCUCAGGCUUACAGGCCCGACCGCUUGAAGCAGUACUACCUCCUGAACGCCGCCUCUCUGCUUCCAGUUUUGGCUUUGCAGGUCAGAGACGGGGACAAAGUUUUGGACCUUUGUUCUGCCCCGGGGGGCAAAGCUGUAGCCAUAAUGCAGAGCGCAACUCCAGCACUUCUCUGCUGUAAUGAACCGCAACCUCACAGACGGGACUGGCUGGUCGAAACCCUGGACUCUUUCCUGCCUUGCUCACUGAGCAGCAGCGUGGUCGUGUCCACGCAGGACGGGCGGUCUUUUGGGAACGACAAGGCCGAUUUUUAUGACAAGGUUUUAGUCGACGCUCCGUGUUCUAAUGACAGAAGUUGGCUGUAUGCAGGCACUCAACAGCAGGGGGAAGAGAGGCUGGAGGACAGAAAGCAGCUGCCUGUCCUUCAGGCUCAGCUCCUUAGGUCUGCGCUAUCUGCAGUGCGUCGAGGGGGUGUUGUGGUUUAUUCAACCUGCACACUGUCAAGCUAUGAGAACCAGGCUGUUGUUGAGACAGUGCUGAAUGACUUUCCCGAGGCUGAAGUCGAAGACCUGUGGGAGGAGAUUGCUCUUCCUUUAUCAAAAUACUUUGCAUUUAGUCCUCAUCCUGCUGGCGGACGGACGCAUUCAAAGCCACCCCCGCUGCCUUUGAACAGAAAACUGGGGAUUCUUGUAGUUCCUCAGCCUGGCAGGACCUGGGGACCCAUGUUUUUGUCUCGAAUUAGAAGAAAAUAGAGMAUAUCUACCCAGAGGAGAUACUGUAUGUGUAAUGAAACUACAGUAUAUGAAGCACUAUUUUUCCAGGACUUAGGAAUGUGCCUCACCACACAGAGCCGUGUCCUGGACGACUGAGACACCGGCGCACUAACUCACCACAAACUCUGCAAAGUGUCACGUUGCAUGAGAACAUUUCUGUUUGAAAACAUGUCGGCGACACGUACGGCUUCCUGCAAGUCAGAACUGAAGCAGUUUUAACUUGGCAACACUAAGCUGUUGUACAACUAUAAGUGUAGCAGUUAUGUGUUGUUUAUAGCUGCUGUAUGUGUGUGUGUGUGUGUGUAGGUGUGCUGCUUGAGAUUUCACGAGCAAAUAAAAAUAGAGCCUUACUCACA